CCUCAUUCACUAUAUAUAGUGCCUGAUCAGCCACUCUGUCUUAUGCUGGUCAUCAUGGAAAGAUUCAAGUUUCUAAUUUUGCUCUUUUGGGUGUCUGGAUGCAAAGCAGGACAGGCACAGCAAAGCCUGCAGAGAAACCAGAGAGAAGAUGUUGUGCUUACCUCCUGUGACUUUAAUCACGACAGCCAACCAUUCUGCAGCUUCAGCCAGGACACCUCAGAUAACAGUGACUGGACCCGACAUAGUGGUCCAACUCCAACACCUGGCACUGGUCCCAGCGGAGACUACCCUGAUGGAAAUGGGUACUAUAUCUACCAUGAGUGUGACAAUGUGUAUAAUGGACAAAAAGCUCGUCUGCUGAGCCCUGCCAUCUCCUCAGCAGCAUCAAAGAUCUGUGUUCAGUUUCAAUACCACAUGUAUGGAACCGAUACUCAAAAUGUGUUAAGGGUUCUGUCAAAAACAUCCAGCGGUGAGGAGGAGGUCUGGAAAAAGAUGGGUUUUCAGAGUCCAUCCUGGUUGGGAGGUUCUGUCACUGUGUCAAAACCGAGCAGUCAGAGUGUUACUAUUGUGUUUGAGGCUCAAAGAGGCAUGUCUGCAUACUGUGACUCGGCUUUGGACAACAUAGUCAUUACCGAGGGAGAAUGUGCUGCUUGUAUAUCUGGUUGUGAUUUUGACACUAUGGAUGAUCUGUGCGGGUGGACAGUCUACAAUGAGAAUCCUGAAGUGUUCGGUUUUAUUCAGUGGGUGGGAGCGACAGACACAGUUGGCACUGGACCUGAGGAUGACUUCUCUAAACCUGGAUUUGGAAUGUACAUGUUGCUGGAUUCUCUCGAUGCUAUUCCUGGAGAGAGUUCUCAAAUGAGAAGUCCUGUAAUACCAUCAUCCUCGAGAUGUUUGGAACUCAGCUUUCAUUACUACCUGUAUGGUACCAGCACCACUAUGGAACUCAGUGUCCACACCAUCACAGCAGGUGGAAGCCUUGGAUCUGCUCUCUUUACUGUCAAAGGGAACCAGGGUCAGCACUGGUUGCCUGCGGAUGUCCGCCUCCAGGGAACUGCUGACACUCAGUUUGCAAUUGUCGGCACCUAUGGUGAAACCCCUGAGACAGAUAUUGCUGUUGAUGCUGUGUGUAUUAAGACCUGCACCGCUGCGCCAACAACACCAAAACCACCAACUCCUGGACCAACUACCCCUAAACCACUAACUACUGGAGCAACUACACCAAAACCACCAACUCCUGGACCGACUACUCCUAAACCACCAACACCCGGACCAACUACCCCUAAACCACCGACUCCUGGACCAACUACUCCUAAACCACCAACCCCAGGACCAACUACUCCUAAACCACCAACACCCGGACCAACUACUCCUAAACCACCAACACCCGGACCAACUACGCCUAAACCACUGACUCCAGGACCAACAACUCCUAAACCACCAACACCCGGACCAACAACUCCUAAACCACCAACACCUGGACCAACUACGCCUAAACCACCGACUGCAGGACCAACUACACCUAAACCACCGACUGCAGGACCAACAACUCCUAAACCACCAACACCUGGACCGACUACGCCUAAACCACCGACUGCAGGACCAACUACACCUAAACCACCGACUGCAGGACCAACAACUCCUAAACCACCAACACCUGGACCAACUACGCCUAAACCACCGACUGCAGGACCAACUACACCUAAACCACCGACUGCAGGACCAACUACUCCUGAACCACCAAGUCCGGGGCCAACUACUCCUAAACCACCAACCCCAGGACCAACAACUCCUAAACCACCAACACCCGGACCAACUACGCCUAAACCACCGACUGCAGAACCAACUACUCCUAAACCACCAAGUCCUGGGCCAACUACUCCUAAACCACCAACCCCAGGACCAACAACUCCUAAACCACCAACACCUGGACCAACUACGCCUAAACCACCGACUGCAGGACCAACUACUUCUAAACCACCAAGUCCUGGGCCAACUAAUCCUAAACCACCAACCCCAGGACUAAGUACGCCUAAACCCGCAACUCCUGGACCGACUACUCCUAAACCAACAACACCUCCUAAACUAUGUCCACCUAAUGCGGAGUAUAUAGACUGUGGUCCAGCUUGUAUCCCUACAUGCAUGGAACCUUCCACCAACUGCUCUGGGUCUUGUAUCAGUGGUUGUUUCUGUAAACCCGGCUUUGUCUUCAAGGGACGUCAUUGUGUUCCACUGGAUAAAUGUGGCUGUUUGGACGAUGACAAUAAGUAUUAUGAGCCUGGUGAGAUAGUAUCGCAAGAUGGAUGUUCAAAGCUGUGCCGCUGUUUGGGGAACUACACUUUUGAAUGUGUUGAUAACUCCUGUGAUCCCACUGAGGAGUGUCAAGAGGUUAAUGGUAUUUCUAGCUGCUAUCCUAAAGGUACAUCAACAUGCGUGGCAUCUGGAGAUCCUCACUACACAACCUUUGACAAACACAAUUACAACUUCAUGGGCAACUGCAGCUAUCUGAUGUCUGCACCCUGCAAUGACACAAUUCAGUCAUACUUUGAGGUCCACACGGACAAUGAAAACCGAUUCAACAGCCUCGCUGUCUCCUAUGUCAAGGCUGUACAUGUAUAUGUGUACAUGAUGAAGAUCUCCAUUCUCAAAGGUGGCACUGUGCAGGUCAAUGGGACCAAUGUUAACCUUCCAGUGAAUCCAGACCCUGGUGUUUCUGUCUUCAUGUCAGGAAAACAUUACACCGUGUCCACAAAUUUUGGUUUAACUGUUCGCUAUGAUGGAAACCACUUUAUGGACAUUAAAGUGAUCAAGGAUUAUAAGGACAAACUGUGUGGACUGUGUGGAGAUUAUAAUGGAAAUACUAAAGACGACUUCCGUAAACCAGAUGGAACCUUGACAAGCGAUGCAAAUGAUUUUGGCCACAGCUGGAACACUGAUCCAGAGUGUAAUAAAAAACCUAACACUACCGUUCCUGGAUGUGAUCAAGAAGAGGAGGAGCUUUUUGAGAGUUCUGGAUACUGUGGUAUCCUGCUGGACAAAAACGGCCCCUUCGCUGCGUGUCACUUCAAAGUCAACCCAAAUAAUUACUUCAGGGACUGUGUGUUUGACUUAUGUGAACUGAAUGGAGCCAAACCCAUUUUAUGUGAAGCUAUUGAGGCCUACAUCAAUGAAUGCCAGGACCGUGGGGUCAACAUUGGACAGUGGAGGAAUGAAACUUUUUGCCCACUGAAAUGUCCCACUAACAGCCACUAUGAGCCCUGCGCUGACCCCUGUCAAGAGACGUGCUCUAAAAAACCUUCCUCCUGUAGUGGACCAUGCUCUGAGGCGUGUGUGUGUGAUCCUGGUUAUGUCCUAAGUGCUGGCAAAUGUGUCGAGAAGAAUACUUGUGGCUGCACACACACAAAUGGCCAGUAUUAUGAGCCUGGAGAGGAGUUUUAUGUGGAGGACUGUAAGCUAAAAUGCAGGUGUGAUGCACCCUUUGUUACCUGUGCUGCCUCUGAGUGUCCCCCAAUGCAUGAGUGCAAAGUACAAGAUGGAGAUCUUGGCUGCUAUCCUACUGGCUCUCAGGACUGUGUGGUUUCUGGAGAUCCUCACUACAACACAUUUGACAAGAAGUUCUACAGCUUUAUGGGAACCUGCACCUACACAUUGGCAAGAACAUGCAAGAACAACACAGGUCCUUGGUUCUCUGUGGAGGCAAAGAAUGAAAAUAGAGGAGCACCAGGCUUGUCUUACCUGAGAAAACUCUACAUCACUGUGAAUGGAAUCACUGUGACCCUAAUGAAGUCCAGAAGAACUCUGGUGAACGGUGUACGCGUGGCUCUCCCUCACUCCACCUCUCCUCUGAUGUCCCUCAGUCUUGCCGGGCAGUACGUCACCUUGGAGACGCCCUUUGGGCUACGGGUUCGUUGGGAUGGAAAUCAUUAUGCCCAGAUCUCAGUACCUAGCUCCUACUAUGACCAGAUGUGUGGCCUCUGUGGUGACUAUGAUGGGAACCCAGACAAUGACUUUACUAAACCAGACGGCACCCUGGUAGGAAAUGUUAAUGACUUUGGAAACAGCUGGGAGACGGAAGAGGACGAGGAUGACUCGUGUUCCCCAAACACAAAGCCGGACCCAGACUGCGACCCCAGUCUUGAGGCCGAGUUUGAAAAACCAGACAAAUGUGGCAAGAUAAAAGACCCUACUGGACCGUUCAGAGAGUGCAUCAGUGUUGUAGAUCCCACUCCAUUCUUCCUAAGUUGUGUUUAUGACAUGUGCCAGUUCAACGGCCAGCAGCAUGUACUAUGUGACCAGCUGCAAGCUUACACCGAUGUAUGCCAGAGUGCUGGAGCGAAGGUCCACCAAUGGAGGACUCCAGAUUUCUGCCCCCUGGCCUGUCCCCCUAACAGCUCGUACUCCCUGUGCGUGAGCUCGUGUCCUGAAACCUGUCUGGGUGUGUUCGGAGCAUCUGGCUGCGAGAACGUGUGUGUAGAGGGCUGUAAGUGUGACCCUGGCUUCAUCCUCAGCGAUGACAAAUGUGUUGCAUUAAAAGACUGUGGCUGUGUGGACACCAGUGGGAAUUACCAUCCUGCGGGGGAUGACUGGUAUUUGGAGGGUUGUGAGCAGAAGUGUGAGUGUCAAGGCGGAGGUUUGAUCCAAUGUUACAACACUAGUUGUAGACCAAGCACUGAGAGCUGCCAGCUACAUGAUGGACAGUAUGACUGCCGCCCUGUUGGAAAUGGUAUCUGCUCAGUGUCUGGAGAUCCUCACUACACCACCUUUGAUAAGCACACCCACCAUUACAUGGGUGCUUGCUCCUACACACUGACCAAACCCUGCAACAUCUCCUCUGAGUUGCCGUACUUCACUGUGGACACCCAAAAUGAGCACAGAGGAAGUAACAAGAAGGUUUCCUACGUCAGAGCUGUGAUGAUCAAUGUGAACAAUGUGACUGUCAUUCUUAACAAGGGUCGCAAAGUGCAGGUCAAUGGGACUGAAGUUGUAACACCCAUCACCUCCAUCAUUGGGGUUCAUAUCUACCUGAGUGGAAAGUUUGUAGUUCUGGAAACAUCUUUUGGUCUGAGGGUCCGGUUUGAUGGCAACCACCAUACAGAUGUCACCAUACCAACUUCUUACAAUGACCUACUCUGUGGCAUGUGUGGAAAUUUCAAUGGAGACCCCAAAGACGACAACUUGAAACCAGAUAAUACAGCAGCGUCUAACACCAAUGACCUUGGUGACAGCUGGCAGGUGGCUGACCCACGGCCUGACUGCACUAAUGGCGGAGGACAGGAGGACUGUGACAAAGAGGUGGAGGAAGAGGCCCAGAAGCCCACCAGCUGUGGAAUGAUAAUUGACCUCAAUGGAAUCUUUAAGCCAUGCCACUCUGUUGUCCCACCUGAAUCCUACGUUGGAAACUGUGUGUAUGACAUGUGUGCCACUGGAGGCCAGACUGUGGCUCUGUGUCAGGCCAUAGAGAGCUAUGCUGACAUGUGUGCUGCUGCCGGAGUCCCCAUCUCAUGGAGAAACAACACCUUCUGUCCACUGAAGUGCCCAUCAGGCAGUCUUUAUUGGCCAUGUGCCCCUGCCUGCCCUCAGCCCAGCUGUCAGGACCCUGCAGGUCCUGGCGGCUCCUGCAACCAGCCAUGUGUGGAGGGAUGUGUCUGUAAUGAGGGUCUGGUCCUCAGUGGAGAUAAAUGUGUUCCACUCAGUGAGUGUGGAUGUACAGAUGAAGAUGGAAAAUACAGACCGGCUGGAGACACUUGGUUCACUGAGACUGACUGUUCAGAGCGCUGUAAAUGUAAUGGGAAUCACAACAUCACCUGUGAGCAAUGGCAGUGCAGUCCUGCGCAGGAAUGCAAGGUGGUGGAAGGAGUGCUGGGCUGCCACUCUACAGGUAAAGGAGUGUGCCAUGUUGCUGGAGAUCCACACUAUUACACCUUUGACGGUGUGAUGCACACAUUCAUGGGUACCUGCACGUACACACUGGUGGAGGUAUGUAAUGCCAACAUGGUCACUCCCUUCAAAGUAGUGGCUAAAAACGAGGAGCGUGGUCAGCCAGAGGCCUCCUAUGUCCGCUCUGUCAAAAUCUACCUUCCUCACAACACUGUGGUUGAACUUCAGAAGGGCCGCAGAGUUCUGUUGAAUGAGCGUCGUGUGCGAACCCCACUCACCAUUGAUGUAGCUGGAGCUAGAGUGAUAACAAGCGGAUCCUACAAUCUUCUGGAUACAAACUUUGGUCUCCAGGUGAAGUUUGAUGGAGUCCAUCACCUGGAAAUCACUAUACCUGGAGAAUAUUUUGACAAGGUGUGUGGCAUGUGUGGGAACUACAAUCACAAUAGAUCUGAUGAUAAUCUGAUGCCUGAUAAGAAUCCAGCCAAAGAUGUUAUUGAACUUGGCAACAGCUGGAAAUCAGAUGAAGAUAGUGAUCCUGGCUGUCAGCCAGACUCACGUCCUGACAUCCACCCCAACUGCAAUGCAGAGGAAGAAAAGCUUUUUGGGGCUCAGUGUGCUGAGGUCAUCCUAUCUGACCGCUUUAAGCCCUGCCAUCCUCUAGUUCCCCCUGAGGCCUUCCUUGGUAACUGCAUCUAUGACCUGUGUGAGUAUAAUGGCAUGCAGGCAACACUCUGUGAUAAUGUGGAGGCCUACGCCCAGGCCUGUCAGAGUGCUGGAGUCACCAUCAGCUGGAGGAACAACACUUUCUGCCCGCUGCCCUGUCCUACUAAUAGCCACUACUCAGACUGUACUCCUCCCUGCCCUCCCACCUGCUCUGACCUCUUUCCUAUAUUCUGCCACCUCCCACCCACCACCUGUGUGGAGGGCUGUCAGUGCGAUGCUGGAUAUGUCCUCAGUGAUGGCAAGUGUGUUCCCCUAUAUAAUUGUGGCUGCCUGGACUCAGAUGGAGAGUAUCAUGAUGUGGGAGACUCAUGGCUAACAGAUAAAUGUGUGGAGUCAUGUGCAUGUAACCUUGGUGGAAAAAUCACAUGUAGGGACCACAGUUGUAACUCAAACUCAGUGUGUAAACUGGACAAGUAUGGAGACUUCAUCUGCCAGCCCACCAAGUUUGACAAGUGUAGCAUCACCGGAGACCCUCAUUAUAGAACAUUCGAUGGCUUCACUCAUCACUUCCAGGGUCCUUACACCUACGUCCUGACACAGGGCCACAAUCUGCAGGACUCCCAGGUUUCCCUGGUGGUGAGAGGGAAAAACUUAAGGCGAGGUGGCAACAAGAGAGUGUCAUUUCUGGAUCAGAUUAAUGUUGAUAUCUACGAUGUCAAUGUUCGUUUCCUGCAGAAGAAAGUUGUCCUGGUAAAUGGAGAGCGUGUCACACCUCCUCUUAGUCCUGUUAGUGGUUUAACCAUCACAAUGAACUCCAAGCAGGUCCAGCUCUCCACAGACUUUGGACUCACAGUACGCUUUGAUGGCAACAGUCGCGGAGAAAUUAUGCUCCCCGCCACCUAUAGGAACUCUGUUCGAGGACUGUGUGGAAACUAUGAUGGCAUCAGAGGAAACGAGUACAUGAAACCUGAUGGGACAGUGGUCAGGAACCUAAAUGACUUUGGAGAGAGCUGGAGAACCAGUGACCGAGAGGCUGGUGGACUGAAGAUCUCUGAUGCUCUAAAAACUGUUCACAUCCACAGGCGAGAGGUGGAGACGGAUCCAGAUUCAGGAUUUGACACAUCUGACUGCUCUCAGUCUCAACUCAGUGACUACAAGAGUGUGAAAAAGUGUGGAGCACUUUCUGACCCUGAGGGACCAUUUGCGACUUGCCAUGUCAUAUUGCCACCCCAAACCUACGAGGAUGACUGUGUGUUUGACCUGUGUGCUGAGGAAGGCAGUGAGGAACUGCGCUGUGGCAGCUACGACGCAUAUGUCGCAGCCUGUCAGGAGGUUGGAGUUGAACUGAGAUCCUGGAGGCAGCAGUUGGGCUGUGCCCUACUUUGUGGUGCCAACAGCACCUACUCCUCCUGCAUGACACCUUGUCCAUCAUCCUGCGCUGACUUGGCAGCACCUUCUGACUGUGACAUCACUUCCUGUGUGGAAGGGUGCCAGUGUGCUGCUGGUUUUGUGAUGAGUGAGGGAAUCUGCGUGUCAUAUCCAGAGUGCGGGUGCACCUUCCUCAACAGAUACUACCAUCUGAAUGAGAAGUUUGUAACUGAACACUGUUCCCAGUCCUGUGAGUGUACCAGCAAUGGUGCAGUGUGCCAACCCAAGAGUUGCCAGGAAGGUUAUGUCUGUACCAUCUAUGACUUGAAACGGGACUGCUUCAGAGCAAGUCCCUGCCUUAGUUCUCCCUGUCAGAAUGGAGGGACGUGUAUGGAGAGCAGCAACAGCACAUACACAUGUACAUGUCCAGAAGGCUUCGUCGGCAAAAACUGUGAUGUGGAGAUUACUGAUAUCCCAAGUGGAGGGCUGGAAACCAAAUGGAUAAUCGUAAUUGCAGUCUUGGUCCCGGUCGCUGUCAUCGCCAUUGUGACAACUAUUGUGUGUGUUUGCAAAAGAAAAAACAAGAAAAACAAGUCUGAGGAUGGAAGCAUCAGCUUGAAAUCAGCAAGUCAUCUAUAUGAAAAAAUGGAUGACGAAAAACUGACUCCAAUGUGACGACAACCUGCAUGUAUCAAUCUUUUCUGCUGCUCUUCUUCAUGUGUCGACCUAAUACUUUAACUUAUAUUUUAAUAUGCCUUUUUUGUGAGAUGCUAAUGUUUCAUGAAUGAAAUUGGUCUUUUUAAAAUGUCUGUAAUUUGCGAAUAAAUGGGCCUUUGUUAAAGCACA